AUGGUCGACGGCGAAACUGCGUCGCCCACCUGGAAAUUCACACAGUGCUUCGGUGAUAAGGGUGAUGUAGAAGACAUCACAGAAGCUGACAUCAUAUCGACGGUCGAGUUUGACCACACCGGAAAUUACCUGGCGACGGGAGAUAAGGGUGGACGUGUUGUUUUGUUCGAGCGCAAUGAAACAAAGAAAACCUGCGAGUACAAAUUCCACACCGAGUUCCAAUCGCACGAGCCAGAAUUCGAUUACCUGAAGUCAUUGGAGAUCGAGGAGAAGAUCAACAAGAUCAAAUGGUGCAAGCGACAAAACGCCUCGCAUUUCCUUCUCUCCACGAACGACAAGACGAUCAAGCUAUGGAAAGUGUUUGAGAAGUCGCUCAAGGUUGUGGCCGAGAACAACCUAUCGCACGAUGGAGCUACACCGGGCAUGGGAGGACUACGGCAUCCACAGCAGCCACCUCCGCAGUUCACCAGUCCAUCCUCGCUCAGACUGCCCCGUCUUACCCACCACGAUACAGUUGUUGCUGCGGUUCCUAGGAGGACCUAUGCCAAUGCUCAUGCAUACCAUAUCAACAGCAUAUCUGUGAACUCGGACGGAGAGACCUUUAUUUCUAGCGACGACCUCAGAAUCAACUUGUGGAACCUGAACAUUCAGGACCAGAGCUUCAACAUUGUCGACAUCAAGCCAGCCAACAUGGAGGAGCUUACGGAAGUCAUCACGGCCGCCGAGUUCCAUCCCCAGAGCUGCAAUUGGUUCAUGUAUGCCAGUAGCAAGGGCACAAUCAAGCUUGCAGACAUGAGAGAGAGCGCCUUGUGUGAUCAGCACGCCAAGCUGUUCGAGCAGGAGGAAGACCCAUCCUCAAGGUCAUUCUUCUCCGAGAUUAUCUCGUCUAUCUCGGACGUGCGGUUCUCCUACGACGGUCGCUACAUCCUGUCGCGCGAUUACCUUACAGUCAAAAUCUGGGAUAUCAACAUGGAGAACAAGCCUAUCAAGACGAUCCCCGUGCACGAGCACCUCCGGCCACGCCUCUGUGACACAUACGAGAAUGACUCGAUCUUCGACAAGUUCGAGGUUGUGUUCUCUGGUGAUGGACAGAACGUUAUGACUGGGUCCUACAACAACAACUUUAUGAUCUACCCCUCGGAACCCGACAAGGAGAUCGAAGUCGUUUUGCAGGCGGACAAGAGCGCUUUCAAGGCCAAAAAGGUAGGUGUGCCAACGCCCAUCAACGGCAGGAAGCAGCAGGGCAGUAGGGCUGGAUCGCCCGCGGCUGGAGGACCUGGUGCGCGCAUGCGGAAGGAGACGGACGCGGACCAGAUUGAUUUCAAUAAGAAAAUAUUGCAUAUGAGCUGGCAUCCCUUCGAAGAUUCUAUUGCCAUUGCAGCGACGAAUAAUCUGUUUGUGUUUUCUGCAUUGUAGAUUGAAAGUCUCGGAACAGCAUUUCAAUGUGGCAUGGGGUUUCUGUCUUCUGUCUUUCUCUCUCUCUUUCUCUCUCGUCUCGCGCGUUACAGACCAUUUUUCUAGUAGUAUUCCAGGACAGUUGCGGGGUGGGGAUACGUUGUAUUCGCUUUUUGCUUCCAGGGUUUGCGUGGAUGGUGGCGGUUGAAUCCUUUUGGUGGGAAGGGAUUGGGUUCCUUGUCUGUCUGUCUUGUUCUGGAGUGGAUUAUUGUCUGUUUCUUGUUCUCAUGAAUGUGGAAUUGAAAUACACGCUCUUCGUGCCGUCGAAUUGAUUGAUUAUUGAUGGGUGUUUAUUUUUUAGCUCGGAUGGUUGAGAGUACCUGUGUCAAUUAAUGAUGAUGACGUUGCGAGACGGAGCGGGAUCCUGCGGAUGAAUCAAAUGGAUGGACA